AUGCUCCGGACCUCAACACCCCCUACGGCAGGUACGCCAACUAGCACCAGGGCGUGCCAAAACUGCUCCAGGGCUAAGGCUAAAUGUGCUCCUCACGAUGACAACCCCGAUCCUCGAUGUGCUAGGUGUUUUCGUCUGAAGAAGGAGUGUAUCUUCCCGCCCAGGGUGAAAAGGAAACGACGCUCACCCAAUGCAACCACCAAUGCUGCAUUAGAGGAGAAAAUCGAAAGUCUUGUCAACUUGAUUUCAGCCGCACAAGGAAUCACUUCCACUUCAGAUCUGCUCACCCCUCCGGUCAGCCAGCCUCGGAGCGAGGCCUCUCCGAGUUCUCCAAAUCAGCAACCGGAUGAAGCAACCGCAAAACAAAACGACCUUUCCUGGGCGGGUGUCAGUCAGAGUUGCAGGUCGGCAUGGCAGCUCGAGGCCGUUCGAUUAGAGCAGCAGCUGUCUGCGGUGGCAGCUCCUCCACAGUCAUCUGACUCAAUCUCGCAUCUUCUUCACGAUAACCACUCAGAUUCUCGUAAUGCAGUCCAGGCCCAUGACCCGAGAUGUCUUCUAAACGUCUAUCGAGAGCAAUUCGCUCCACAUUUCCCCUUCAUCUGUAUCCCAGACGGCGUCUCUGCCGAGGAUUUACGCAGCUCAAAGCCAUGGCUCUACAGAACAGUUCUCAUGGUGGCAGCUCAAGAAGAACGACUCCGCCAACAGGAGCUAGGAAAACAAAUUGUAUCAGACAUAGCAUCUGCAAUGCUUCUACGUGGUGAGAAAAGCCUGGACAUGCUCCAGAGCUUAUGCGUCUGCAACUUGUGGGCUUACUACUUCGCAUCCAUCACACCUGUAAGCCAGUCGACGGCCAUGUUCCAGCUGGCUCUUGCAUUACUGUUUGACCUUGGUCUGAAUCGACCAGUGCGGUCAGACACCGGUCCGGGUGAGGUACUAGCAGAUUUUAUGAAGAUCUCUGUAGAUCGAAAACAAGAGAUAAAUCGUUCCUCCGAUGAACGAAGAGCUCUACUUUCGUGCUACUUGUUUGGUUCGGUUUCCAUGUUGUGCGUUAAGAAGUACGAGGGCUUGCAAUACUCUCCUUACAUCGAGUAUGCGUGCCAGGUCCUUGAAGAAGCUGCCGAACAAGAUUCAGAUCUAGUGCUCGUCUCUCUCGUAAGGAUGAAUUGUAUUGUCGACUCGGCAUACAAAAGCCUCCCAAUCAAAACUGCUGGGGAUGAUAUCAAGGCACCCGUAUGGAUGCAUGUCAAGGCAGCUCGAUCAGAGCUGCAGAAACACUGGGAUUCGCUGAGACCUGACGUUCAACAACACCCACUUGUUCAAACGAACUUACAUGACUCAAAUGUCUUUCUUUAUGGCAUCAGCCUCCAGAAACCACUCUUUCCUGAGACUGGGCCAUCUCAGCGUCUUGACUUGUUCUACGCAUGCCUUAUGUCAUGCCAAACUCUUCUUAAUAGUUUCAUCGAAAUGCCAGUCUCCGCAUAUUUCGGGUUCUCAAUCAUGGAUCUCGCUCACAUCGGGCACUCUUGUUCCACCCUUCUCAAAUUAUCUCUUGUCGAAGAGCCCGGCUGGGACCUUGCACAUGUUCGGCAGACGGUAAAUGCAGAGUAUUACUUGGAUCAAAUCGCUUCGAAAUUCAUUCAGGCUGGGAACGCAAUCGACCAAACCCAAAAUCGUGUCUGUAGCGAAUCGUUCCCGACAGGAUGCGGUCGAGCUAUGAUGAGGGUCAAAGCAUGGUAUGAGACGAGGAUCUCGGUAGAGGCCGUACAGGAUCCGCCUGCUCCACAGGCUGAGACGAACGUAAUGGGAAUGGGAGAUACUCUGAGUGUUGACCAGAUGAUGUUAGAUGAUGCAGACUGGGUUGAGUUUGUCAUGGGCAGCAGCAAUUACUGGCCUUAG